UCCCUUCCUCUAUUCGCUCCCCACCUCCGUUCCCUCCCCUCUUCCUUCGCAGUCCCCCGCUUCGGAUCGCUUCACCUACGCCGCCCCGGCGCUGCGCACGGUAGUGCCACUCCGCCGACGGAAUCCCAGCCAUCGUCCCUGGACCUCGGAAGCCGCGUCCGCCGAUGGCGUCCCCCGCGGGGAACCCCAACCUCUUCAGGCCUCCCAAUGCUAACCCUAUCACCGGCCCGUCGCCGUUCCCCCAGCCUUCCUCCUACCCUCCCCCUCCGCCGUCGUACCCCUCUCCGCCGCCUCAUGGUGCGUUCUCCUACCCUCCCACCACCUCUCCGUUCCACCGCCACCCCUUCCUCCUCUACCCCCCGGACACCCUCCACCGGCCCGCCAUUGCCCACGCCGCCGCCGGCACUCAUCCCCCCAACCCUAAUUCCGUCCCCAGCACCAGCCCUAACCCUAUCUCCAACAACAACCCCGGCGCCCGCCUCAUGGCGCUGCUGAAUCCUCCUACCUCCCAGUUCGAAUCCGCCGUCUCGAUGCCGGCCCCUUCGACCAUGCCGUUGGAGUUGUCGCCUCCCGCAAACGCGGUCGCCCUGCGUUCCGCCCCCUUCACGCUGGCGGUCGUUCAGCCGGUGCCGGCGAGGUUGCCGAGCAGCAAGCAACCUCGGGGACGGCUACUGGGAGGCGGACACACGUGUGCGUACGAUGUGGACUCUAGAUUGCUGGGCGAGUCGCAGCCACCACAGCUCGAGGUCACGCCGAUUACCAAGUACACAUCAGAUCCGGGCCUUGUUUUGGGCCGUCAGAUUGCUGUCAACCGAACGUAUAUAUGCUACGGUCUCAAGCUUGGGGCCAUUCGGGUGCUCAACAUUAACACAGCAUUGCGAUCCCUGCUCAAGGGGCACUCUCAGAGAGUUACGGAUAUGACUUUCUUUGCUGAAGAUGUUCACCUUUUGGCAAGUGCAAGCAUUGAUGGAAGGGUUUUUGUAUGGAAGAUUGAUGAAGUUCCUGAUGAGGAAAAUAAGCCACAGAUAACUGAAAAAAAAAUAAUUGCUGUUCAGAUUGUAGGAAAUGGAGAGUCUUAUCAUCCACGGAUCUGUUGGCACUCUCACAAGCAAGAAUUUUUGUUUGUUGGAAUCGGAAAUCGUGUAUUAAAAAUUGAUUUGAUCAGAAUUGGAAGAGGAAAAGAAUUUUCAGCAGAGGAACCUCUCAAAUGUCCUGCUGAGAAGCUAAUUGAUGGGAUCCAACUUGUCGGUAAACAUGAUGGAGAUGUAACAGAUUUGUCCAUAUCCCAGUGGAUGAUAACCCGAUUAGUGUCAGCAUCAAAAGAUGGCACGGUAAAGAUCUGGGAAGAUCGCAAAGCAGUGCCCCUUGCUACGUUGAGGCCACAUGAUGGUGAACCUGUUAAUUCAGUUGCAUUUAUGGCAUCACCACACCGUCCUGAUCACAUCAAUCUUGUCACUGCAGGCCCAUUGAAUCGGGAAGUGAAACUAUGGGCUUCUACCAGUGAAGAAGGUUGGCUCUUGCCUGGUGAUUCUGAAUCUUGGCAGUGCACUCAGACCCUGGACUUGAGAAGUUCCUUAGAACCUCAUCUUGAGGAUGCAUUUUUCAACCAGAUUGUAGUCUUACCUCAAGCAAAUCUGAUAGUUAUUGCAAAUGCUAAGAAGAAUGCUAUAUAUGCUGUGCAUGUAGACUAUGGCCCAUGCCCAGCUUCCACACACAUGGACUACAUAGCAGAUUUUACUGUCACAAUGCCUAUUUUGAGUCUCACUGGUACAAAUGAUUUCCUUGCUGAUGGGGAACAAGUGGUUCAGAUCUACUGUGUGCAGACGCAGGCUAUUCAACAGUAUGCGAUGGAGCUGAACCAGUGUUUACCACCACCAACUGCUAAUGCUCGUUUGGCAGAAAAUCCUUUAUAUCAUGCUUUUAAGACUCCUAGCUCGGAAACACUCUCCGAGUUAGAGGCAUUUCAUGGGCCUCCUGUCAAUACUCCUUCAGCAAUCAAUGCUUCACCAAGAGAACAGCUUUCGGUUAGCAGUACUAGAGGUGCAUCAUCAGCCCCAUAUUCUAUAGAUUCAGUUUCUUCUGAGGUCAUGAAAGUACCUGAAUUGUCCACAUCAAAACCUGAAGCCAAGACAGAUGUUCCUCCACUUGCUGAGAAAGAUAUUGAUGUUCAAUAUGUCUCUUCUUCUGUUCCUGUGAAUCUAGACCUUGCAGGACGAUUAGCUGGUCUGAGUGGUCCACGUAAAGCUGAACAUGGAUCACCACUUGUUAACAAUGUUGUGGAUCAUCCUGUUUUUGAUUAUUCAGUUGACAGGAGAGUGGAUUCUCUUGUGGCAACUGCACCUGAUAUGCCUCCCACAAAUGAUAACUUGAGAAAGGAUGAUCCUAUAUCUGGACCAAAUGAUCCUUCUAAGGUGUUGAAUCCUCUCUUGUUGCUUAAGCUUAAUGGAAACACAACACACUUAAUUACUCCUUCAGAAAUCCUAUUAGGUGUCAUAAGUUCCUCAGACAUUAGCCAUGUCAUUCAAGUCCCAUUAGGUCAGAAAGUUCAGGUUCUAGAUACAAUCAUAAAUAAUAAUAUCAAGAGUCAAGAGGUGGAAGUAAAAGUUGCAGGCAAGGGGCGAUCAGGUCAGAAAGAGGAUUUUGAUACUCAUAAAGUGCCACAAUCUGUUACCAUUGAGGAUAAAGAGAGACCCUUCCAAACUUUAGAAGCAACAUUAGGGGUGGACCAUGAGAGUUCCAUGGUGCUAGAAACUUGCACUAUGAGAGAAUCUUGCCUGGUUGAUGACACUGCUGAGACAAUGGAUCAGCCUCCCAGUACUCUCAAGGUAGAUGUUGAAUACAAGAAGAGGGAUAUGCCUGAAAAAGAAUCUGAUGUGACUGCCAUACCUCAAUCUCUUUCAGUUGCUAAAGGGAAGAAGCAAAAAGGAAAAGAGCACCAUAUGACUGACCUUUCAUCCCCUUCUUUGAGUCCUUUUGACUCUAAUGAUUCUUUAAAUGAACCAGAGAGAAGCUCUGUGGUUCCUUCAACCGAUGCUGUCAUUCCUCAGAUUCUUGCUCUACAGGAAACACUGAACCAGCUCAUGAACAUGCAAAAGGAAAUGCAGAAGCAAAUGGGUGUAAUGUUGGCCGCUCCUAUCGUGAAUGAAGGCAAAAGAUUGGAGACGGCAUUAGGAGGGUGCAUGGAAAAAGCUAUCAAGGAAAAUGCAGAUGUUCUAUGGGCUCAUUUUCAAGAGGAAAAUUGGAAACAUGAGCGGGUUGCAAAGGACCAGAUGCAGCAGCUAACGAAUCUGAUCACCAACGUCAUGAACAGGGAUUUGCCUGUCAUGUUGGAGAGGACAUUGAAGAAGGAAAUUUCUGCAGUAGGGCCUACUGUCGCACGGGCAAUUACACCAGUUAUUUCUUCAGUUAUCACUGAGUUAUUUCAGAAAGGAGUUGGUGACAAGGCAGUGAAUCAAUUGGAGAAAUCUAUUACUGCAAAGCUGGAAGCUACAAUGUCUAGGCAAAUCCAAACACAGUUUCAAACAUCUGGAAAGCAAGUUCUUCAGGAUGCUUUAAGGUCUUGUGUGGAGUCCUCAGUGGUUCCUGCAUUUGAGAAAUCUUGCAAAACAAUGUUUGAGCAAGUAGACAGUGCAUUUCAGAAAGGAAUGAAUGAACAUACUGCUGCUGCUCAACAACAGCUUGAGGCAGCAUAUACUCCCUUAGCACUUACUCUGAGGGAUGCCAUUAAUUCCACUUCAUCAAUCACCCAAAAUCUUACUACUGAAUUGAUUGACGGCCAGCGGAAGCUAGUAGCUCUAGUCGCUGCAGGAAACACAAAAGCGGCAAAUCCAAUUUCUAUGCAGCAGACUGGUGCACCCAUGCCCGGUCUUCCUGAGAUGGUAAACAUUAGUUUCCAGCAUGUGCAGGUCGAGGCACCUCUGGAUCCAAGAAAGGAACUCUCAAGAUUAAUAUCCGAAUGCAAGUACGAGGAAGCUUUCGCAAUUGCUCUACAAAGAAGCGAUGUAUCCAUCGUGUCCUGGCUAUGCACACAGGUCGAUUUGCGUGCUAUUUGUUACACCGUACCACUUCCUUUAAGUCAAGGAGUUCUGCUAGCCCUUCUGCAGCAGCUAGCAUGCGACAUCGGCACUGAGGCGUCAAGGAAAGUGAGUUGGAUGACAGACGUGGCCUUAGUAAUCAACCCAACAGAUCCAAUGAUCACUUCAUACAUACAGCCAAUCCUCGAGCAGGUUUACAACAUCCUUGCCCACCAAAGAUCACUUCCCACGACGAGUGCCUCCGACGUUACUAAUAUGCGUCUAGUAAUGCACGUUAUAAAUUCUGUACUUAUGAGCUGCAAGUGAUCUACGCCGAGGUCGGUGAUUCUUGAGGUAUGUGAAUGUUUACUAGUACGGUAGGAAUUGAUUUGUAGCUAAAGGCUGUGUAAAGAAAUGAACAAGCAAAAGCCCAAAAAAAAAGAGGAGGAAGAGAGGGUUGGUUUGAGGGUUAUUUUUUGCCGUGACGUAGUGAUCAAUAUAAUUACUCUAUUCUUGGAA